AUGUACCAUCUUGCCAAAUCGAUUUAUUUCUAUGCUACGAGUAAAGAGGACCCAAACAACACCGCGACGCAGCCCCUCCCUGGCAAAACCGUCCCAACCGUCGGCCAAAAUGUCGCAACUAUUCCGCUUCCAGACAUGUACUUGAAAAUAUGGGAUAUAGGAGGACAGAUAUCAAUGCGUGGCCUCUGGCAAAGCUACUAUUCGAGCUGUCAUGCCAUUAUUUUUGUGGUCGAUAGUGCAGAUGUAGGCGAAGACGCGGACGUUUCGCGCCUUGCUCAGAGUGGACAUAAAGGAGGGCCAAAUGCGCCAUCGAACGCCAAGGGACUUUCAGGUGCUAUUACCGAACCCAUGAACGCCAUAGAUCCCCAGGGUGAAUUUGGGAGAUUGGAUGAGUGUCGCCAGGUCCUUGAGUCCGUAUUGCAGCAUGCGGAGACGAUCGGUGUGCCCAUCCUUGUGCUCGCGAAUAAGCAGGAUAGAGAAGAUUGCGUGGAGGUAGUGAGGAUCAAGGAAGGUUUUGUGAGAAAGGUGUUUGAGGGUGAGGAAGGGGGUGGUGUGCGAGAUAGUCGAGUGUUGCCCGUCAGUGCGCUGAUGGGGAGCGGGGUGAGGGAAGCAGUGGAAUGGGUUCGCAGCAGGGUGAAAUGGAACAAGGAAAGCAGACCUCCUGUGAUGAGAUAA